GGAAAACGGUGAACAUUACCUAUCCAUUCUCCGUCUAUCCGGUCGAGAUCAUUACUGUUGCGAAGGACGAUUAUUUCUCAGUUUGUCUGGUGAAGACCGGGUCCGGAACUCCGUUCAUAUCUUCGCUUGAGUUGAGGCUUAUGGACAGUGUGGAUGUUUACAAGGACGUAAACCAAUCCAAUUCCCUCGUGCUCUCCGGUUUCGAUAGAGUUAAUAUUGGGGAAAGUCGUGGCUUAAACAGGUAUCCAAAUGACACCUAUGAUCGCAUUUGGUGGCCGUGGAACGUACGUACCUGGCUUGAUAUAAAUACUUCAGAGACCAUCCAAAUUGAUCAUGGGGAUGCCUUCCAGGUGCCAUCCGUCAUUAUGAGUAGCGCGGUCACUCCAAUAAACAAUAUCAGCUUGCUAUUUUUUGCAUAUGCCUCUCAAAGCGGAUAUGUUCGUCCCAUAUGCUAUUGGUAUAUGCACUUCGCAGAGUUUGAAGCCCUCCCUCCGAACAAGACAAGAUUAAUCGACGUGAUUAUGAACGAGCAAGUUCUUCAGAGGAAUUUUCGGCCUUCUUACUUACUAUCAACUCACAUAACCCUCACAUUUGAGCUUGAAAGUUCUAAUCAGCUUAAUAUUAGCCUAACGAAGGCAGCCGAUUCCAUUCUUCCUCCAAUCCUCAAUGCCCUGGAGGUCUAUACUACUCUUUCCUUGCCAGAUUUGGCAUCCGAUAUAACAGAUGAAUCAGAUGCAUUCUAUCUUGUUAUAGGUCUUUGGAUGGGUAACAAUUGGUUUGUUAUCUAUUGCUUUAGAGUGUCAGUCCUUUCUCUUUGGGGCUCUAUUGCAACCUUUGAUCUUGUUCUUACGCUUGACACUGUUACCUCUGAAAUCUCUCAGUUCUUCAAUGCCACACUUGAACUUGCUCUGAAAAUGAUGAGGCUUGUGCCUAAGAUGAUUCCAGAUGAUAGCAUGGAAGACAAGCCUUCAAACCAUUCUGACCUAGAGUACUACUUUCAUAAACAUGCAUGCAAAGCAUUGCGCAACUCACAGACUACUUUAAUUACAUGUUGCUUAGCACCACUGUCCUUGCAAGCACAACCAGAAAAAGCAACAUCCAUCGAAGACCAACCCGUUCCACCAGAGAACCAUGGCUUCACAUACCUAGAGUUGAAGACCAUCACCAAUAACUUUGAGCGGGUCCUCGGCAAAGGUGGCUUCGACGUUUACUACGGCCGCUUGCAGGACGGCAUCGAAGUCGCAGUGAAGCUGCGGGCUCGAACAUCGGCACAAGAGAGUAUGUUCAAUGAGUCUCAAACUGAGGAAAUUAGUGAUUCCAAGGCGCAAAGAAUCAAGGAGUUCCAGGCCGAGGCCUUGCUCUUAUCAAGGGUUCAUCACAGAAAUUUGGUGUCUUUGAUUGGUUACUGCAAGGAUAAUAAUUGCCUCGGACUUGUGUAUGAGUUUGUGGCCCAAGGAAGUCUCAAAGACCAUCUUACAGAUAAAGAUGGUAAUGGCAGAAUCCUAAAUUGGAGAGAGCGGCUUCGGAUUGUAAUUGAUGCUGCACUAGGGCUGGAGUAUCUACAUAAAGGAUGUACCCCACCUAUUAUCCAUAGAGAUGUGAAGAGCAGCAACAUCCUCUUAUCACAAAACUUGGUGGCCAAGAUAGCAGAUUUUGGAUUGUCAAAGGCUUUUCUUACUGAUGAUCACACUCAUGUGUCUACCGAGAUUAUCGGGGGCACUCCAGGAUACAUAGAUCCUGAGUACCAUGAUACCUUCCAGCUGAACGAAAAGAGCGAUGUAUACAGCUUCGGGGUUGUUCUCUUGGAGCUGAUAACAGGCCUACCGGCUGUGCUUAGAAACCCUGACAGGGGUCACAUAGUCCAAUGGGUGCGGCAGCGGAUCGCCAGAGGAGAAAUCACUGAUGUUGUUGAUGCAGGGCUGAGAGGAGAGUACGACACCAACUCUGUUUGGAAGGUGACAGAUACAGCAAUGAAGUGCACCAUGCCAACAGCUAGUCAGAGGCCAACGAUGACCAAAGUGGUGAUACAGUUGAAGGAGAGCUUGCAACUUGUGGUCGGCCAUGAAAGAGCUCAAAAUAUCUAUGUAGAAGCCCUGGAGCUGGAUCAAACUGAUUCAGUGGAAAUGGCAUGCAUUGACAUGAAAACUACUGUGAGUGGUCCAACAGCAAGAUAAUUAGGUGCAUCUUAAUGAAGUAUGAACUCUAUACCUGCUUGUGCAGUCUGUGCUUAUGGUUUGGUGUGAUUUUCUUCUAUUUUUUUUUGGUCAAUAUAGUUUGGUGUGAUUUGAAAGUGUAUUGUUGUGUAGAAAUAGUUGGACUAUGGUGUGGUUUGGCCUUCAUUGACUUUGGGGAUGACAAACACUUAUGCAUUUGGUUA